CACCAUAGCAAAAAAAAAUCGUAUAAAACUGUUGAGCCGUCAUAUUGACAGCAUCACAACACAAUUGUCAGUUGUCAUCGCAACAAUAUCGAAUAUUAAAACAGCAGCUAGCUGUCAUUUUGUAUCGGGAUAUUUUGAGUGUGUUAACUAAAAAAAAAAAACAAUUAUUUUCGUUUCGAAAAAAUACGAAUUACAAAAAAAAUAAACAGUUUUUCAUAUAAAAAAAAAUGGCAAGCAAAUUCAUUACCUUUGUUGGCUUAUUGGCUUUGUCCGGCUCCUGCAUGGCCGGCAUUAACACCUAUGCCUACAAUCCCUUUAUUAGAACCUAUGCUGCUGCCCCCGCUGCUUACAUUAAGUCAGCACCUUUGGUUGCUGCCGCUCCCGUUGUAAAAACUUAUGCUCCUUUAGUUAAGGCCGAAGAAAUCGAUCCUCAUCCUCAAUACCAAUUCUCUUAUGGUGUCCAUGACUCUGUUACCGGUGACAUCAAGAAUCAAGUUGAGGCUCGUGAUGGUGACAAUGUAGCUGGCUCUUACAGUGUCGUCGAUGCUGAUGGUUAUAAGCGCACCGUUACCUAUACCGCCGAUGAUGUGAAUGGUUUCAAUGCUGUGGUUCAACGUGAUCCCCUUGUUGUCGCUGCUGCCCCUGUUGUGCAUGCUGCUCCUGUUGUUAAGACCUUCGCCGCUGCUCCUGUAGUACAUGCUGCUCCCAUUGUACAGGCCGCCCCUGUUGUGAAAACUUAUGCUGCUGCCCCUGUAGUACAUGCUGCUCCCGUUGUUAAGACCUACGCCGCCCCAGUUUACAAGACUUUUGCUGCUGCUCCUGUUGUACAUUCCGCCCCAGUUGUACAAACCGCCCGUGUUGUCAAAACUUAUGCUGCUGCCCCUGUAGUACAUGCUGCUCCUGUUUAUAAGACAUACUCUGCUGCCCCCGUUGUACAUGCCGCUCCUGUUGUGAAAACCUACUCUGCUGCCCCUGUGGUACAUGCCGCUCCCGUCUUCCAAUCAUAUGCUGCCGCCCCUGUUGUAAAAUCUUACUCCGCCGUUCCAUUUGCACGCACUGCAUAUUUGGCUUCUGCUCCCGUCCAACAGUUCCAUUCCUACUUCAGCUCUCCAGCUGUGGCUGUACAAGGACAACAACAACCUGAAGUCCAUGUACAAGAAGCACAACAAGAAGUCACUGAAGUUCAAGCUCAAGAACAACAACCUCAACAAUUUGCUGCUCCCCAACAACCUGAGAAUGAACCCACCCCUGUAGAAUACCCCGAACAACAACAGGAACAAGAACAACAACAGCAAGAACAAGAACAAACACAAAUGGAAGAACAACAACCACAAAUGGAAGAACAACAACCAGAAAUGCAAGAACAGCAACAAAUGGAAGAACAACAACAAAUGCAAGAGCAAGAACAACAACAAAUGCAAGAGCAAGAACAACAACAAGACCAACAACAAUACAGACACGAACAACAACAACAAGCUCAACAACAAUACAUCCAAGAGCACCAACAAUUCGUCCAAGAACAACAACAACUAAUUGCCCAACAACAACAGCAAUUCGCUGCCCAACAACAAGAAGUCUUCCAACAACAACAGCAAUUGAUUGAACAACAACAGCAAUACUACCAACAGCAACAACAAAAAUACACUCCCUAUCCCCAAUACGAAGUACCCCAAAACCAAUUGACCCAUCCCCAACAAGGCAACGACAACGACUCCGAUGUUGUUGAAGCUCGUUCAGCUGUACCCGAAAAGCAACAAGAAGAACCUACCAGCCAACAGCCAGAGCAACACCAAGAAGAAGAAGAAGCCAAAAACGCUGCCACCACAACUGUAGCUCCCGCUCCAGUCAACGAAGAAGAACAAAAAGCAUCCGAUGACAUGCCAAAGUCAGCCUAAGUUCCUAGAUUGCUUGGAUUUUCCAGCAAACUAAUGCCUGAAUAUGAUUGCCGUUUUUUGUUUAGUUAUUUUUAGGUAUUUAAUCCAUUUAUCCCAUUUUUCGCCUUUCCGAUCACUAGUUGUUAAUACGAAUAAAAAAAAAUCUAUUUUUGAGAAAAAUUUAA